UCCGUCCGUCGCGGAGAAGUUGGACGAUGGUUCACAGUUGUUGCGUCGUGGGUUGUACGAAUCGCAAGCGCGGCGACAACAAGCGCCUGCACUUCUACCGCAUGCCGAAGCGGAAGAGCCCGGUGGAGAAACGGAGGCGCCAGGCGUGGAUCCGGGCCAUCGGCCGGGAGGACUGGAAGACCUGGUCGGACGAGAAAAUAUCCAACGCCAAGAUUUGCGGGGCACACUUCAUAUCCGGGCAGCGGUCGGACGAUCCAGAGCACCCAGACUGGAUCCCAAGUGUGUUUAAGCGCACAGCCGCGCGGAAAAAGUCUAUAGCCGAGCGGAAGGUAAAAGGGCAGGCGCGAUGCCGAGCCAUCCGUCAGGAGGUGCCCCUAGGAGAGGCUUCAGCGGAUCCUGAGAACCCCGAUUGCGGCCCCGCCGCCUUCAAGCAAACUGGUCUGAAUAAAGGCUGGGGGACAGAGUCGGACUCCGACAGAGAAACGGACAGCGUGCCCUACAGCUGCGUGGCCUACGGCUGUGGGAAGACGCAGCAGAACGGCGUGACCCUCUACAGGUUCCCCAAAGACCCGGUGGAGUUCCGCAAGUGGGAGAAGCAGGUCCAGCGCACCCGCAGCCAGUGGUCGGCCUCACCGGACUCCCACCUGUGCAGCGAGCACUUCGGCCGAGAGUACUUCGACGUGAAAUUCCCCUUGACCACCCUCAAGACUCUGGCCGCCACGGGGAAGCUGAAGCUGAACCCGGGGGCCGUUCCCACCGUCUUCAUCCGACCCCCCUGCUCCGCGGGCUGCGGGGAAUGCGAGCUGAACGCCCAACAGCUGGGAAUUGCCACGGAGGCGAGAGGGCACUGCGUUCCAGCGGCGCAUGACGAGCGGGCGCACACGCCUUUCUACGAUGCCGACGGCGAAGGCGAGGAACCGAGGGGUUACGAGGAGCGGGAAACGGCGCGGAGGUCCCGUAAGGAAGUCGCGGAAGACCGACCAGUGAAGUGCGAGAUGUGUGGGACCGCCGGCGCCAGCGGCUCCUUCUUCUCCAAAACCAAGCGUUUCUGCAGCACGUCCUGCUCGCGCUCCUACUCCUCCAACUCCAAGAAGUCCUCCAUCCUGGCGCGUCUGCAGGUGAGAGGAGCCUGGCCCGGGAAGCUGUCUCGAAAAUGGAAGAAAGGAUUAACGAUUGAAAAUAAAACUGCACUGAAAAAAAAUUAA